CACCAGCGGAGGGGCGGGGAGGUGGGGAAUGGGGCGGAUCCGGAAAGGCAAGGACAGCAGACGCUGUGAGUGGUCGGGAGCCGUGGCAGAGUCUGGACAAAAGCCUGGACCUGUUCCAGUACUUUCAGAGCCACGGCCUCCUCCUGCUCCUCAACCAGAUAGCGAAUCACCAGACACCCAGGCCCUCCCUGUCAUCCGCCCCUGGUGUCCACUUCCACAAGCGCUCUGCGCCCCACCCUGUGCUGUCCGGCAAUGGGGACACGGUGGUGACCACAACGACCCAGGUCCUGCCCUCCCAGGACUCACGGUCCAGAUGGGGAGACAGGCCCACCCCCCGACUGUGAGCAGCCAGGGUGGUCAGCGUGCUCUUAACCACCACCACCCCCUCGGAGAGUCCAGGAGGGCUUUCUGGAGGAGGAGGAGGAGGAGUUGGGCAAGCAAUGAAACAGAGCAGAGGGAAGCGGGGAUCUGCUGGGCUGGGAGGGCAGAAGGGAGGCGGAAUAACCGGAGCACAGAGUUCCCGGGAGGAAGGGGUGUCCGAGAGGCCAGUCGAGCCGGCAGGGGCCAGGCCAUGCAGGGCCCCACGGGCCACGCCGAGGAGCUGGGCUUUCUCCCGAGGGCGCCGGGGAGUAACGCAGGUUCUGAGCACCAUGGAAGGAGGGAGGGCGAGACCAGGGCCAGAAACCUGGGAGGACGUGGGAGGGGGCAGCCAGACAAAGGGCAGGAGGGGUGCCUGGACCAGGGCAGGGGCCACAGGGAGGGAGAGAAAGGCACACAUGGGAGAGAGAUUUAAGAGGCAGGGGCCACAGGAUGUGGCGUGCUGGCGGGGAAGCGUCGGGGACAGAGGCCUGGGUCUCUCUGUCCCAGUGACGGGUGGACAGUGUCACCAACCCCUCUGAUAAGAGGACGAGGAGCAGAAGCAGGCCUGAUGCCAAGGUCGGUCUGGGACAAGAGCCCCGCCCUGCAAGGGUAGCUCAGGACACAGUGCCCGAGGAGCAAACUGGGACAGCUGAGCCACAGGGACGGCCCCCUGCCCGGAGGCAGGCCACUGGGGCCCGAGAAGGGCCGGGGACCCAGAAGCCAUCAAGAGCAGCUCAUGGAGACUCGGCAAGGGACUGCCUCCGGCCCCACUUCGGGGAAGUGCAGAGCCAGGGUCAAAACAGGGCCCUCUGUGGCCCCAGAGGCUCCGCAGACCCAUCGGACAGACACGGGAAAGAAGGCCUCAGAAGGAAAGACAGGAUGCGCACUUCUCACCCGGUGCAGGAAGCCAGUCGGCAGCACGGCCCCAAAGAAAGCGCGAACUUGGGCAAGUCAGAGCCCGUGCCUGGCGCCUCAGUUUCCCCAUCUGCAAAUGGGGGUUCGAACAGUGCCCACCUCACAGGAAGUCCCCUGAAAAGAUACCGGAAGGUCACCCACGGCGCAGAGGGUGGAAAGCGGCAGUCGCUGCUGGUUGGUUUUAUUCUUUGGUGACCCCCAAGUGCACCAGGGCCCGGGGUAAGAACUGCCCUAAAAUCUUCCCCCGCCCUCCUCCUCCCUGGCGACCUGGUUCUCCUCCUAGUACCAAACCCCGGGCCCGGGCCCUCGGCACAAGGAGGUUAGGCAGCGCCCCAGGAGGCCCGGCCGGGUCGUGACCCCUGGCCGGUGCCUGCCACACCCGCUCUGGUACCCAAACGGGGCCCCAGAUCCUCGGUGACUCGAUCCCUCCAAAUUCAGGUGAUCUCCCCCGGCUCCAAAUCGCCGAACCCUCCCAGGUCCCGCGCCAGACGGAGCCAGGUCCCAACCAGGAAGGGCCUCGGAGCAUCGGGACGCCAACGCCGCUGUCUUCGAGUCCGGGUUGGGGGUGAAAGAUGGCACUGACGGGGUGCAGCUGGCUCUUCCUCAGCGCCGCCUUCCUGAGCGCGGGGGCCGAAAUCUCUAUCACCCCCGAGCCUGCCCAGCCAGCCGAGGGGGACAACGUCACACUGACCGUCCACGGGCUCUCGGGGGAAGUGCUUGCCUACAACUGGUACGCGGGGCCCACGCUCAGCCUGACGUACCUGGUGGCCAGCUACAUCGUGAGCACGGGCGACGAGACCCCUGGGCCGGCCCACACGGGACGGGAGGCUGUGCGCCCCGACGGCGGCCUGGACAUCCGGGGCGCCCUGCCCGGGCACUCGGGCACCUACAUCCUGCAGACCCUCAACAGGCAGCUCCAGACGGACGUGGGCUACGGACACGUGCAGGUCUAUGAGAUCCUGGCCCAGCCUGUGGUCACGGCCAACAACACGGCACUGGUCGAGCGCCGAGACACCCUGCGCCUGGUGUGCAGCAGCCCCAGCCCCGCUGAGGUCCGCUGGUUCUUCAACGGCGAAGCCCUGCCCAUCGCCAUCCGCCUCGGCCAGUCCCCCGAUGGCCGGGUACUGACCCGGCAUGGCGUCCGCAGAGAGGAGGCGGGAGCCUACCAGUGUGAGGUCUGGAACCCGGUCAGUGUCAGCCGCAGCGAGCCCGUCAACCUGACCGUGUACUAUGGCCCAGAACGCGUGGCCAUCCUCCAAGAUUCCACCACCCGCACGGGCUGUACCAUCAAACUGGACUUCAACACGUCCCUCACCCUGUGGUGCGUGUCCCAGUCCUGCCCAGAGCCCGAGUAUGUGUGGGCCUUCAACGGGCGGGCCCUCAAGAACGGGCAAGACCACCUCAACAUCACUAGCAUGACGGCGGCCCAGGAGGGCACGUACACGUGUAUUGCUAAGAACCCCAAGACCCUGCUUUCCGGAUCCGCCUCGGUGGUGGUCAAGCUCUCCGCGGCAGCGGUCGCCAUGACGAUUGUGCCCGUGCCCACCAGGCCGAUGGAGGGCCAGGAUGUGACGCUGACCGUCCAGGGCUACCCCAAGGACCUGCUGGUCUACGCCUGGUACCGCGGGCCUGCCUCGGAGCCCGGCCGGCUGCUCAGCCAACUGCCGUCAGGCAACUGGAUCGCAGGCCCCGCGCACACAGGCCGGGAGGUGGGCUUCGCCAACUGCUCACUGCUGGUGCAGAAGCUGAACCUCACGGAUGCCGGCCGCUACACCCUCAAGACCGUCACGUUGCAGGGCAAGACCGAGACCCUGGAAGUGGAGCUGCAGGUGGCCCGUGAGUGUGUCAGAGGGUGUAUCUUUUCAGACAGACGCUCCCAAAGCGGGGCUUUGUCUCCUCCAGGGCGGGGAGGGAAGCACAGACAAAGGGUGGAUCGGCGUCCCCAACAGACUUGAAAGAAGGGGCUCCCUCUCCUCCCUCUGACUUGGGGAUCUCCAAAUGGAGUUUUUGGCCUCUUCUGUCAAACCGACAGCCUAGACUAGGGGUAGAUAGGCCUCCUGCAUCAAACUGAAGGCUACCAAAGGGGGAUUCCACGCCUCCUCUCUCAUAUAAGUACACCAGACUGAAGGUCUCAAGAAAGGAGGCACAGUCUGAGCGUAGGGCACCCUUUUUCCUGCAGGUGGGUAGACCUAUUGCCUCCACUACUUUAUUGGGAAAGUGGGCUAAUGAUGGGAGUGUACCUCCCCCAUCAGACUGGAUGUAUAGUAUGAGGGUGGAUCGUAACUCCCUCUUUAGACUGGGAGAUCCUAGACAGUGGGCAUCAUGUCUCGGCCUCUGCAUUAGGGUAAGAGUGAGGACAGAAUUUCUACCAUCAGAGGGGGACAUUUUUCUCUCAAAGUAAAAUAGGAAAAAUCUCCUCCGUUAGGAUAGAGGCUUCUAGGUGAUGGGAAUUUUGUCUCCUCCCUCAGACUGGGAAUUCCCAGUGGUCAGGAGCCAUGUCUCUUCCAUCAGUCCGGGAAUUCCCAGAUGUUGAAGACCAUGUCUUGCCCAUCAUAGUAGGGACUCCCAGAGUCAGGGACCAUGUCUCCUCCAUCAGACUGGGAGCUCCCAGAAACAGGGACCAGGUCUCCUCCAUCAGACUGGAAGUUCUCGGAGGCAAUGAACCAUGUCUCCCACAUCAGACUCGGAGCUCCCAGGGUUAAAGACCAUGUCUCCUCCAUCAGACUGGGAGCUCCCAGAAACAGGGACCAGGUCUCCUCCAUCAGACUGGUAGUUCUCGGAGUCAAUGAACCAUGUCUCCCACAUCAGACUGGGAGCUCCCAGAGUUAAAGACCAUGUCUCCUCCAUCAGACUGGGAGCUCCCAGAGUUAGGGACCAUGUCUCCUCCAUCAGACUGGGAGCUCCCAGAAACAGGGACCAGGUCUCCUCCAUCAGACUGGAAGUUCUCGGAGUCAAUGAACCAUGUCUCCCACAUCAGACUGGGAGCUCCCAGAGUUAAAGACCAUGUCUCCUCCAUCAGACUGGGAGCUCCCAGAAACAGGGACCAGGUCUCCUCCAUCAGACUGGUAGUUCUCGGAGUCAAUGAACCAUGUCUCCCACAUCAGACUGGGAGCUCCCAGAGUUAAAGACCAUGUCUCCUCCAUCAGACUGGGAGCUCCCAGAGUUAAAGACCAUGUCUCUUCCAUCAGACUUGGGGCUCCCAGAACCAAGGACCAUGUCUCCUCCAUCAGACUGGGGGCUCCCAGAGCCAAGGACCAUGUCUCCUCCAUCAGACUGGGAGCUCCCAGGGGCAGGGACCAUAUCUCCUCCAUCAGACUGGGAGCUCCCAGGGGCAGGGACCAUGUCUCCUCCAUCAGACUGGGGGCUCCCAGAGUCAGGGACCAGGACCAUCCCCAUCAGACUAGACAUCCCCAGAGGUCCAAGAGGCCAUGUCCCUGAGGCAGGCUUCAUCCCAUUAGACCAGGAGCUCUCAGACACUGGGAACUUGGUCAUUCUCCAGUCUGGAGCCUCCUCUCCCCCAUCAGACCAGGCAUUUUUGGAAGCCCUGAGUCAGGGAUGGCAUCUCCCAGCUCAGAUGUGAACUUUCUGGGGUCAGGAAAUCAGUCACUGCCAGGCACCCCUUCCUUCAUCAAACCCUGGUCCUGGGUCAGUGCUGGAGGUAGAAUGCUCUUCGAUGACAGCAGGCCACCCCCCCCCCACCCAUGAAGCCUCGGAAAUCCUUUUCACCCUGUCUCUCUUCUCACAGUCAACCUCCCUCCCCUGCAUGAGGACCAACGCCACCUUCCUGAACCUGAACCUGGCACAGGCUGAGCGUGGGGAGG